AUGGCAUUCCAAUUGAUUGGACUGAUAUACUUUGGCAAUGGACAAGGCGAACUACAUCAUAUCCAAGUGAUAUUGGAGAUGGUGUUGUUGGGAUUACAUUCAGUUCUAAUGUUGGCAUCACUAAUCCUAAUGAUAUGGACCAAGCGAUACCAACCAAACAAAGUCAGUCUAUUAGUAUUCACAAUCAUAUUUAUACAUUGCCUAUCCAAGGUCAUAUCAGAUUCAUCAUUAUUAUACUUGUUAACAGUUAAUAUCAAUUCGGUGCCGCCAUCAAUCAUGUUCGAAGCGCUCGAACUGUGCGCGAUCGUCACCUAUUACUGCAUGUACACGAUCGUGCUGUUUAGUUGGGUGGAGGUGGUGUUCCGCGUGGAGAACAUGGGACACGGCCAGGACCGCGUUCGACUCUGGCGCAAUGUGUUCUGUGUGUUCAACGCAGUCUGGAUCCUGGCCAUAUCGAUCAUCAGCGAGGUCCUGUUCGAAGUGGACCUGAACGUGGCGAUCAAGGUGUUUGACAUUGGCAUGGUGGUCGUGGCGGCCUUCUCCUUCUGUCUCUCGGUGGCCUUUGUCGUCUACUGGAUCAAGCUGCAUCGCAUGGUCACGACGAUACAGAUCCGCUCGACAGAGAAGCGCGACCGCUUCCUCUUCAAGGUCGGCGUGCUGACCGUCGUGUUCAUUCUGUGUCUGGACGCCAAGAUCGCGCACUACUUGAUCGAUGUCAAACAGCCCUUCUCAUCGACGCUCUGGGAGCUGUAUGGAUUGAACUACCUGCCCGAGGUGCUGGCAGUCAUGGUGGCACUGGCCUUCUUUGGCUCCAACAUCAAGCUCAACGAGUUUAACAACAACAACACAAUCAACGACGGCACUCGAGGCUCAUACUCUGCGACUGAGCGUGCCAACAUUCGUCGACGAGAAGAGAAGCAAGGUCUGCUCUCAUCAUUCAGAGAUGAAGACUACUCAAUGAGUGGUACUGCCAGUUACAUA